AUGGUUGAUUUGGAGGUUGAAUUCGUUACGUUAGUUUCUUCAGAUAACUUCAAGUUCAUCAUACUGAAGGAAGUGGCGUCGAUAUCGUCGGUUUUAAGAAAUUCGCAAGGUUUUGAAGAAGGGAAAACAGGUAGAAUAGAUCUUGACAUGGAUGGUGAUAUACUAGAGUGUAUUGUUGAAUAUUUAUACUAUCACUACAAAUACAAAGACCAAGCUGAGAGCGGCGAUGUUCCCGAAUUCAAUAUCCCGACUCAUUUGGCAUUAGAAUUGUUGGUCAAAGCGGAUUACUUGGAUAUAUAG